AUGGUGCUGCGCGGGGCCUUAAAGAACAGCGACUUAGAGACGACCCUGAAGGCGAAGCUCAAGGCGGCGCGGAAGAAACGCAGCAGCGCGAGGUGGAGAGCACUAGAAAAGUUCUUCGAGGGCUAUGUGAGGCAGCUCGAGAAGAAGAGCCGUGAGGGGGACCAGGCGGGUUUCUACAGGCACCUGAAGAUGAUCGACGUCGAAGGUAAGAGGCCACUUACCUCCCAGAACAUCAAGGACGAGGACGGUAAGGUCCUUCGGGACCCCACGCUUACCCGCCAGCGGUGGGCGCGGUGGUUCCACAAGCUCCUUAACACCAAGUCGCCGACCAUCGACCUGCAUGCGACCGACAGAGUCAAGCAGUGGCCCACGUGCGUUCCGCUCGACGACAUCCCGUCUCUAUUCGAGGUUGAGGAGGCGGUGCGGGGAAUGGCCAACAGGAAGGCCGUCGGGCCGGACGACCUACCGGCUGAGCUGAUCAAGCUGUUCCUGGAUGGAGACCGAGGCUUCCUCCGCGAAUUCCACGCCAUCGUCGUGGACGUGUGGCAGACGGGGAACGUACCGCAGCAGUGGAAGGACGCCACCAUCAAGGUUCUGUUCAAGAAGGGGGACACGAUGGAGUGCGGCAACUACCGGGGCAUCUCUCUCGUUGCACACGCCGGCAAGGUGCUGCUUAAGGUCGUUGCAACACGCCUAAGCCACUACUGCGAGCGAGAGGGCAUCCUCCCGGAGGAGCAGAGCGGUUUCCGCCCACACCGGUCGACGCUCGACAUGCUGUUCGCGAUCCAGCGGCUCCAUGAGCUCGCGAGGAAGAAGAGUACUGCGGUCUUCGCGUGCUUCGUCGAUCUCACCAAGGCGUACGAUUCGGUGGACCGAGAUCUGCUGUGGGACGUGCUCGGACGCUUUGGCGUGCCCCCGAAGAUGCUGGCGGUCAUUCGCCACUUCCACGAGGGCAUGAGGGCGCGGGUUCGAACGGACGACGGGCAGUACUCGGAAUGGUUUGACGUCGGCCAAGGUCUCCGACAGGGGUGCAACCUGGCCCCGCUGCUGUUCAACUUGUUCUCUGCCGCGAUGCGCAUGGUCGCAGUGACCGAGUUCGACAAGGACCCCAAGGUGACGGCGGAUAUGAUCAAGAUCGCAACACGAGUGGAGUGCACGGGCAAGAGGGGCAGUUUUUGUGUUGUCUGCUUCGAGGUGAUCACCCGAAUGGAGCCGUUCAAGGGAAUGAACCCUACGCAAGUGAUUAAGGCGGUCGUCCUGAACGAAAGGCUACCUCAGAUGCUAGAGCGGGCGUCUGCGUCGCCACACGUCGUGCCUCUGAUGGAGCAGUGCUGGAAGCAAGACCCCACGCAUCGCCCCGACGGGUUUGGGCCCGAGGUAAAGACGCUGGCAAGCGUUGUGUCGCGUAAUGGACAUCCUCGCCAUCACAACGCAGUUGCCGUGGAUGCCACCUCGUCACCAGGUACCCAGCGUAGUGUUGGCCCAUCAAGCGAUGGGGUCGGAGCGGCACCGGAUACGGUUAGUGAUGGCUUUGAGGCGUUACCCCUUGUUGCAAAAGAGGAGGUCGGAACCACCGCGCUGCCUCGAGACUCUGGAAACGUACAGGCACCGAGUAUGGAUUUGCUGAUCGCAGACACAGCUCUCGCACCGUCAGCUGGAACAAGCGGCGGAUGCAAACAGCUCACCGAGAUGAUCGACCAGGACGUCACCACGAAAGCGGACCCUGCGUAUCUCGAAGCUAUUGAGAUUCAGCAGCAGACGCUAGGUCCUGACCACGCAGACCUUGCGGCAACGCUCAAUGGCCGAGCUCUUUUGUUAAAUAGUCAGAUGAGAUUUGCAGGAAGCAACCGGUCGGAUCUGUUGCUAGCGCAGGGGAAGUAUGCCGAGGCGGAUACUCUGUCCCUUCUAGCCAUCGAGAUUGUAGAGAACAUGCUGGGCCCCGACCACCCCCAUCUUGCGCCGUGUCUCGGCAUCCGAGCGGUACUUUUGCAGGAGCAGGGGAGUUUUGCAGAGGCGGGCCCUCUCACUCUUCGAGCUAUCAAGAUUGGAGAGAAGACGCUAGGUCCUGGCCACCCUGAUGUUGCUGGAUGGCUCAGCGAUCGGGCGGAUUUGUGGCGGGCUGAGCUGAGAGCCAUCAGCGCCUACCAGGAAAAUCCUCAGAGGAGAAGCUGCAGAACGGGGCGAGAUUUGUUUCUCAGCGUGGUUGUCGGGAGUUUGUUCUCCGCGCAACUGGUCAUGAUCACACUCCUAUCGUCUUCGUCUGUCAUGUUCCAGUGCAAGUAUGCUGAAGCAGAUGCUCUGUACCAUCGAUCUAUCGAGAUUGGAGAAACGACGCUAGCUCCUGACCACCCGGAUCUAGGUUCAUGGCUCAGCAACCGGGCUUUCGUGUUGCGGGCACAGUGGAAUAUUCCUGAGGCAGACUCUCUGUCCCUUCGAGCUGCCGACAUCGGGGAGAAAACCCUAGGCCCUGAGCACCCCGAUCAUGCUGCAAUUCUCUCUACUCGGGCUUGGGUGCUAGAGGCACAGGGAAAUGAUUCCAAGGCGAACCGCCUGUUCCUUCGAGCCAUCAAGAUCGGGAACAAGACGUUGGGCCCUGACCACCCGCAUCUUGCCUCCAUCCUCAACAACCGGGCGGUAAAGUUACAGAAAAGGGUGAGAUGUGACUGCUGCUGCCAGGAAACGUCCUCGACGACCAUCCUCACGAAUUUUCCCGUCAAUCUCAAGGGCAAAUAUGCCAAGGCGGACACGUUGCACCUCCGAGCUAUCGACACUGGGGGGAGGACAUUGGGCCCCGAACACCCCGAUUUUGCUCUAUGGCUGGGCAACAAUUCCGAGGCGGAUCGCCUGUACCUGCGAGCCGUCGAGAUUGGAGAGAAGGCUUUUGGCCCUGACCACCUGCAGCUUGCCGCCAUGCUCAACAACCGGGCGGUAUUUGUAGAGAAGCAGGGCAUCGCCUCACAACAGCAGCCCGAAUGCUCGCUACACGUGGAAACCACGCAGAGGGCGAGACUUUCCAUCAUCGAUCAGAGAAUCUACGAUAUUCCGCACUGCGUUGCAGCGUGCGGAUACCGCUACGUCGACGACUGCGCGUGCUUGGUGACCAGUUUCUCCUCAGGCAUGGGCUCGACAAGCUUUGAGAUCCAUGCUUUCGUGGCUUUUUCUCACACUUUAGGAUUGGAGGUUUGA